AUGGGUGUAAGUACUUGGAACCAAAGUUUGCCGCAAUCAGACGGGGCAGAGCAGCCAAAACCGCCGCCACCCACACGGAGGAGCCACCAACAAUCAGAGCCUUUGGAGUGUCCAAGGUGUGACUCAACGAACACAAAGUUCUGUUAUUACAACAAUUACAAUAAAUCUCAGCCUCGCCAUUUUUGUAAAGCUUGUAAGAGGCACUGGACUAAAGGUGGCACUCUACGUAAUGUGCCUGCCGGCGGUGGCCGGAAAAACAAACGGCUUAAGACAUCAAAUGGAAGUUCCACCACCAUAGGCGGCGGCGCAGCCACUAUCAAUCCUACCACCUCCUCUAUUCUUCCCUUUGGUGCUUUCAACAGAAACAACGGAUCUGCACCUAAGAAUCAAAACCCAGGUUUUCAGUUCUCAAGUUUAAACACUUUUGACAUUGAUUCAUCAUCUUCAUUAAUCCCCAACUCUUUUCAAUCUUUAAAUGCGUAUGAAUUCGCCGGAAACCGCCUGGACACGGUGGAGGAAUCAACAGUUACAACAGUCAAUCCGAGCACAAGCAGUACUGUCAUAGAAUUUCCAUGGGGAGGUCCAAGUACAGAGAGUGCCAUGAACGUGCCAAAUUACUACUGGAAUAAUUGGAAUGAUAUUGAUUUAUUAACUUCAUCUGAUCUUAUCAAUUUAUCAUGGGAUGAUACAGAUAUCAAACCUUAA